AUGUACGCCAAAGGUAAAGGAGCUGUCGUCCCUUCUGAUAAUCAAGCGAGAGAAAAGUUAGCUUUAUAUGUGUAUGAGUACUUGCUGCAUGUUGGCGCACAGAAAUCGGCACAGACCUUCCUGUCAGAGAUCCGAUGGGAGAAGAAUAUCACAUUAGGAGAGCCUCCUGGAUUCCUGCACUCAUGGUGGUGUGUAUUCUGGGAUCUGUACUGUGCAGCUCCAGAUCGACGGGAGACAUGUGAACAUUCCAGCGAGGCCAAGGCUUUCCACGACUAUAGUGCGGCAGCAGCUCCCAGUCCUGUGAUGGGCAACAUGCCGCCCAACGACGGCAUGACAGGUGGACCCAUGCCUCCCGGCUUCUUUCAAGGCCCACCCGGAUCACAACCAUCACCACACUCGCAGCCCCCUCCACACAACCCCAACAACCCCAUGAUGGGGCCACAUGGCCAGCCUUUCAUGUCUCCACGGUACCCAGGUGGACCUCGCCCAUCACUCCGCAUGCCAAAUCAGCCUCCCGUUGGAGUCCCAGGGUCACAGCCACUCCUGCCAAACAGUUUGGACCCCACCAGACCGCAAGGGCAUCCAAACAUGGGCGGCCCGAUGAGAAUGAACCCACCUAGAGGAAUGGGAGGCAUGGGCCCACAGAACUACGGCGGUGGAAUGAGGCCCCCUCCAAACUCUCUCGGUGGUCCUGGAAUGCCUGGCAUGAACAUGGGUCCAGGAGGUCGAGGGCCUUGGCCUAACCCUAACGCAAACUCAAUAGUAUACUCGUCUUCAUCACCAGGAAACUAUGUGGGGCCUCCAGGAGGUGGCGGCCCUCCAGGAACUCCCAUCAUGCCAAGCCCAGGAGACUCAACGAAUUCCAGUGAAAAUAUUUACACAAUGAUGAAUCCAAUCGGCCCUGGUGGCAACAGACCGAGUUUCCCAAUGGGGCCGGGGCCUGACGGUCCGAUGGGUGGAAUGGGAUCGAUGGAGCCGCACCAUAUGAACGGGUCUUUAGGCUCGGGUGAUAUGGAUGGGUUGCCAAAGAACUCUCCAAACAACAUGGCAGGUAUGAACAAUCCUCCAGGAACUCCGCGGGACGACGGGGAUAUGGCAGGCAACUUCUUAAACCCAUUCCAAAGUGAAAGUUAUUCACCCAACAUGACGAUGACCGCUCGACGUGGCCACGGAGCGAAGGAUGCCCAGUACAAAGCCGAAAGAAAGCAGGCAUCGGGCCUUCUGACGGACUCAACCUGCCUGCCGGGCUUCGUCACUGGAUCGGGACGCUAACGGCCCCCGAAUGAACCACCGUGUGUGUGUGUUUGUACAUGUGCGUGUGUGUGUGGGACUGUGCCAGGAAGACACUUCAUAACUAGCUGCUCAUCAGCAUUGAGGCCCAUUUUCUCGUUUUCUUGUUUUUUUUUCCCCUCGUCUUUUGUCAGCAAUGAAACACUGAAACCUGCGGUUGUUUUGAUUGCUGUGUACAUUUUAAAAUGGAAAAAGCUAAACUGGUGACGCUAGGGGCAGGAAUGGUCUCAUUACAAUAUAUUUGUAUAUUAUUGAUAAUAUUAUUGUUAUAAUUUUCAUAAUUGCUAUGAUGAUGUACUCAUAAUUUUAUGGAUUUUCCUGUAAAGGGCACAUUUGUAUCUCAACAACAUCAAUGACAGAAUAAGCACACAUUCAAAUGCACAAUGACAUUUCUGUUUACAUGAUUUUAGGUAUUUGUUUGUCUCUUCGUUUGAGUUUGUUUCGUCAGAUGUCUGCAUAUACCUCUUCCUGUGUUCUGAUGUCAUCACCACCGAGAUGUACAACCUCAGUUUUUGUGUCUCUGUCAGCAAAGUGGCUACAAUCACUGGUUUAAUGCACCAGUCGGCACUGUAUUUAAAGAUUGGAGUUCAUUUCGAAGUCUAAAAGGGUGACGUUGCAUAUUCACUGCCAUCCAUUCUUGCCUUGGUCACGUACGGUCAAUAAUGCAUUUUACCAUCCGUUCUAGAUGAUUUGUCGCCGAUAGUUACGAUAUCAUCCGUGUUCAUUGUAAGUUUGCCACUACGUGUUUGCCACGUUGUUUCAGAAGUCUUUUUAGAAAUAUUAUACCCACGUGUUUGUAAGAGUAGUUGGACGCAGGCUGCUCUUACAAGCACGACUUUCCUUGUGCUCUAUAGUCCCAUGUCUGUAAAUAUAUCUUUUUUUUUCUUAUUGGUAUUUUCAAUACACUACUUGUCUGUGAAGCUCAUGUGUGGUUCCAUGUCUUUCUUCAAAUGAGGUUGCACUCGCAGAGUUUGCUGUC